GGCCCGAGAGCUGAGGCGUCUUCAUUCAUGAGCAAACGGGGAUCCUACGCUGCCGUUUGAUUUCACACACACGCUCAAUAUUACUUUGGACAAUGCUGCGGGUCAGGUGUCUGAGAGGAGGUAGCAGAGGGGCCGAGGCUGCCCAUCUGAUCGGAGCCAUGCUCGGCCGGUCGGUGACUGGAUGGGUGCAGAGGGCCUUCCAGAGCACUUCCAGUGCAGCAGCUGCACAGCCCCAGCAUGUAGCUGAAGACCUUACUGAGCCUGCACUGCAGGAAUGUCCUGUCUGCAGCUACAAUGAAUGGGACCCUCUUGAGGAGGUGAUCGUGGGUCGUGCCGAAAACGCCCGUGUGCCUCCCUUCACUGUGGAAGUGAAAGCUAACACAUAUGAGAAGUAUUGGCCCUUCUACCAGAAGUAUGGGGGCCGGUCUUUUCCUGCGGACCACUUGAAAAAAGCUGUUGCUGAGAUUGAGGAAAUGUGCAAUAUUCUGCGUCAUGAAGGCGUCACUGUAAGGAGGCCAGAGCCCAUUGAUUGGUCCCUGGAGUACAAAACUCCAGACUUCACAUCAUCAGGCAUGUACGCUGCCAUGCCCAGAGACAUCCUUAUGGUUGUGGGAAAUGAGAUUAUCGAGGCUCCUAUGGCCUGGAGGGCUCGCUUCUUUGAGUACCGAGCCUACAGACCUCUGAUCAAGGAGUACUUCAGAAAAGGUGCUAAGUGGACCACUGCUCCCAAACCCACUAUGGCUGAUGAUCUGUAUGAUCAGGACUACCCCAUCCGCACAGUGGAGGACAGACACAAGCUGGCUGCCGAGGGGAAGUUUGUGACUACAGAGCACGAGCCCUGCUUUGAUGCUGCGGACUUCAUCCGAGCUGGGACAGACCUUUUCGUCCAGAGGAGUCAGGUUACAAAUUACAUGGGAAUUGAAUGGAUGCGCCGCCAUCUGGCUCCAGACUACAAGAUCCACAUCAUUUCAUUCAAGGAUCCCAACCCCAUGCACAUUGAUGCCACGUUCAACAUCAUCGGGCCGGGACUGGUGCUGUCAAACCCUGAUCGUCCAUGUCGCCAGAUUGACAUGUUCAGGAAGGCUGGCUGGACUGUUGUAAAACCUCCGACGCCUCUGAUUCCUGAUGACCACCCCCUGUGGAUGUCCUCCAAAUGGCUGUCCAUGAACGUCCUGAUGUUGGGUGAGAAGCGUGUUAUGGUUGAUGCCAAUGAAAGCACCAUCCAAAAAAUGUUUCAGAGCCUCGGUAUCAAGACCAUAAAGGUGAACAUUCGCCAUGCCAACUCCCUGGGUGGUGGCUUUCACUGCUGGACAACCGACGUCCGCCGCCGUGGUACCCUGCAGUCCUACUUUCACUAGCCUUGCCAGAAACAGGCAGUUUUUAUUGAGCUUUAAAGAUUAAAGCCUCAGUCCGGAAUCUAAAUUCCACUUUAAUUAUUUAAUCUUCAUUGUCAGUCGACCGUGCAUGUACACACACUAAUCACAAAUCUACUGUUGAAAAAAAAAAAAAAGUUUGAAAUUUGUGUGUUUGGGUGUCAUCUGCUGCUACUCAAAGUCAAACCUGUGUGAAACAAACCUAUUAAUGGGGCGAUCUUAUUAUGACAGGUGGCACCAAAGUCCUUUUCUGGAAUGAGUCUUUAUGUCCUAAAUGAACAUGUAUGAAUUGUUUUAAUUUGACAUCGCUGUGCAUCACAGUGCCUUUGCAAACAGCUUUGUUCGGAUUCACAGUAUACAUACUACAUAUAUAUAUAGAAUUUAUAUAUAGAGUAUAUAUGCUCAAUAGCAACAAAUGAACGUAACUUUACUUCGAUCAGUAAUCUCAAUAUUAACUGCAUUUCUGGCCUGGCUAUUGUAAAGCUGAAUUGUUUGUGGCUCAAACAUCUAAGAGUCAUAACUUUAAGGACAAGGUACAAUUUGGUAUGUGAAAGUCACCAAACAAGGAGGAGAGAAGCUACCUCCUCAUGGAAACUUAAGGCACCAUAAUUUUUCCAAAGUAUUUUUUUUAUUUAAAGGAAUGUAUAAAAGUUUAUAAGUAGGUCAUUAAACAAUAUUAAUUUCUUAUCGCUAGUAUAUUAUUUUGUAAAGAUUUUAAUUGAUUCAAGAGACAAAGUUCUAUUUAUAUUUUUCAUACUCUUUAUUGGAUUUCCCGACAAUUAGUGUUUUUAUAUAUUUACUUAAAAAGUAUGCGGUCCAUAUCAGAUAUUGUAUACCUUUUGUCUUUUCUCCUAUUGCAAAUCUGGGCCAGUUAUAUGCUUGUCAUUCUCGCUGAACUUAUUGGCUGCUUUUGUGUGCAAAGCAAAAAUGCCUAAAGAAUUAAAGAUGUCUUGUUGUGAAGA